ACUAUUUUGCGGAAGUCGAAAAUCAGAGAGAGGACAACCAUCAAUACACAGAAAAAUCGGCACAGGUACUCGAGAAAAACGGAAAUUCUUUCGAUUUCCAUGUCACCAUGGUGAUAGAGGGAGCAGGCCGACCCACGACGGGGAUGACCUCCAGGGAAUUGUGCGACAAUGAUGACCUUGCAUCCUCUGUCACAAUUGAUCCCUACCUAGGGUUUACAACUCACAAAAUGAAUAUCAGACACCGUCCAGUGAAGCAGAAAGUCCAGGAUGAGGUCAAACAGUUUAUGGCUCAUUUCGUUAAAGACAAUGUAUAUGACACUGCGCUUGAUGAAAUUUUCCGCAUUGAACCUGUUCAGGCUUUUAUACAGAACAAGAGCAGAGCACAGCAAGCUGUAUUGAAGGAGCAUAUGUGUAGAUACCUGCGGAUGUAUGACCGUAGAGCGGGCUUCAAACUGUUUCCUUGUCACAGAUACUCCAUGGAGGGAAGAGUAGGGGCCAAGAUAUGUGCCACAAAACACUGGUACAAAAAUGACAAGAUCCCUAUGCUGGUUGGGUGUAUUGCUGAACUCUCCAAAGAAGAGGAAGAAAAAGUCCUGAAGCAGGGGGUCAAUGAUUUCAGUGUGAUGUACUCCUGUCGCAAGAACUGUGCUCAGCUGUGGUUAGGACCGGCUAGCUUUAUCAACCAUGACUGUAGGGCCAACUGUCGGUUUGUUUCCACUGGGAGGGACACAGCUUGUGUAAAGGUCCUCCGUGACAUUGACCCAGGGGAAGAAAUCACCUGUUUCUAUGGAGAAGAUUUCUUUGGCGAGAACAAUUGUCUGUGUGAAUGUGAAACUUGUGAAAGGAGGAAGACAGGAGCAUUUAAAGUAGAGGAGUCACCUUCAGUAGAUUCUGAGGAAAAGGGUUACAGACUGAGGGACACAGAUGACAGACUGACCAGACUAAAAGUUGACACUGAGAAGACGAGACCAGUGGCAGAGAUGCUUGGGGCUGCUCCAUACGGCAAUGAAAAUUGGAAUAUACGAGAUGAUAACCUGAAGAAACAAUCACAUCUGUUGAAGAAAUCUGAGCUGAAAAAGAGGGGGAUCACUCGCUAUGAUGCAGAAAUUCUUUUAUCUCAGGGCCUAAAGUUACCAGAUCCUAAAGAACUUGGGGACAAACCUCACCACAGUCUUCGCUCACAGUCAUCAACUGGUGAAGGUCCAAGUGCCAAAAGGAAAAGAUUAUAUAAUAAACGUGGGAAAAAUGGAAGAUUUCAGUUGAAAAAAGGAACUUGUGUAAAAGUAUCAGAACAAGACACAGGGGCAUUAGAAGCUAAAAUCAAAUCACCAAACAAAAGGAUGAGUUUUAGCUUUGAAGAUUCUCGUGAAUGUAGUGUUGAGAGGACAGCAUCUCCCAGAAAACAGGAGUCUGUGAACAGUGUCUCCUCAAGCUCCAUUCCUCGAUCCAGUCCAAGGUUACGUAGAAUUUGCCAAAACAUGCCAAACAGUGAGAUAGCUUGUUCAGACAUUACAAACACAGAGCCACCUCCCAGCAUAAAGACGGAGCAUGUCGGAACUAUUCGUCAGAGUCCAAGAAUCCGCUCCGUAAAAUCAGAGAGAGACGAUAGCUGUCCAAACUUAUCACCUCAGGGACAAGACUGUGAUAUAUCAGACAACUCACUUAGUCAGCCCCCUCACCUAUCAGAACUCCAUGUCACCGCAGUGCCAUCUCUAACCUCCUCACCCAGGCUCCGGCGGACCAGUGUAACUGGGUCAGACACCUGUCAUUCGCCACAGUACUACAGUGAUGCAUCAGGUAGUAUUAAAACUGAAAAUGUUGAUUGUAGUCAGGACAGUGAAAUUUUGGGCCAAAAGUGUGAGGUUGAUGGAAGAAAUAUAUUUGAGUCUUUAUUUGCAGGACUUAAAUCAUCAUCAUCAGCUUCGGUUCAGUCAAGUCCUAGAACUCGAAAUCUGAGUUGUCUCAAUGGGGUAAGACAAAGUCCAAGACUGCAGGAACGUUGCACUCUAAGUCGCUCAAACUCUUUAGGUGAUAGUGCAAAAUCAACAGCUGUGAAGUGUUUAGACAAGCAUUUCCUGAAUGAUUGUCAGAAAGAUGAUUGUGAAAUUGAUGUAGUAGGAAUUGAUCAAGACACAGAAUUCAAUUUUUCAGAGCCCAUAAGUGGCUUUGAAAAACUAAUGUGGGGAUCCAUUUUGAAACCCAGGUCAAAAGUUUCGUCCAGUCAGGAAAAAUGUCAACAGUGGGCGGAACCCAAUAACAAUUGUCACAUGUAUCGCUCGCUUUCUGACCAGUGUCUGACGAAGAAACAACAGAGGGAGCAUCACAAAAAGCGCAAACUCUCCUACUCCGUGACCUCAUCGUUUGAAGACAGUGACGAGACCUCACCGGUCAAAAAGGUCCCCAAAUUAAUCAUCAGGAAAAACAAAGGCCAAGAGGAAGACAUCUUGUUGCUGGAGAUAGAGAGCAAAGUGAAAAGAAAUGGCAAUGAACUUUUUAACAAUGUCAGCCCAGUGAAACCAUAUCCAAAGAAGUUAAGACUCAAGCUAGGGAAUGACUUGACUGAAAUCAAUCUACCUCAAUGAGUCUUAACUAUACUAGACACAUAGUUCCCUCAUUAUUAUUUUCUUUUUGUAUUUAUAGUAACAAUCAAUUCUAUGCAGGGUUUUCCAUUUCAUUUUCCGCCUUUCAUGUGUAUUGACUAUAUGAAUUAGAAAUCAUUUUUCACUAUUAAAACUAAUAGAAUUUUAGAACAUGCAUAAUGUAUGUGAAUUUACUUUCACUCAAGGGAGGUAAUUGGGAACAUAUUUGAAAGAUCUCCCUCUAAAAUGAUAUUUGCUUUUCAAUGAUGAAAGUAAAAUUACCCAAGACCUACAUUUAACUAACACCCAAAUGCCUUCACUUUUCUUUCUACAAGCUUUCAGUAAAGUUUAGGAUUGAAUAAGAAAACUUACUAUGUGUUGCAGUUUAUGCACAUUAGAAGGAGUAUCUUGCAUUACUGCUCUUAUGGGAAGGAGGGGGGUGGCAGAAUAUAUUGAGUGUAGGAAUAAGAAAAAGGGAGAUUUAUUAUUAAGUUGGCUUUCUUGUACAACAUUGUACAUCUAUUUAAUAUUAAUAUUGCUUGUUGUGAUUUUUAUUUUGUAGAAAUCUCCCAAGCUUUUAUCAGUGUGUAAAGAAAAAAAAAACACUGAGUCAGAAAAGAAAUAGAAAUGUGAUAAUUGUUGACAAUAUUUGUUGAGAUUUGUUCCGACUGUUUGCUGUUUUAAUUGUUGUGUUGGAAUUUGUUUUUGUCCUGGUGUUCCCUGUAGCAGCAUUACUAACUGUAGCGUCAUCUUACAAUAAUCGCAAAUAAUGAAGCAAAAUUCACAUUAAUUGGUCAUAAAUUGAAGAAAAUUCAUUUCCUACUGUUCCUGUGGUCCAAAAUAUCUGAAGUUUUCCUGGCUUUUUAUAUGAUUUUGAUAUUUUACUUGCCAGGAAAAUAUCAAAAUUGUUUUAAAAAGCCAGAAAAUGUCGGGUACUUUAAACUAAUUGUUCCCAUGUCUGUUAAGGUUUUUACGAGUACUUUGGACCAUUGUAGUUUUUUUAUGCAUUGUUAAUAAGAGCAUGACUUUUCAUUUAGUAAUAGGCGAAUUGUUUUGGUGGAGAUGUGCAGGGAUUUUCAAGUAUAUUUUAAUACACGUAGGUCUCUAUGUAAGAAUUUGGUCAGUUGAACAAUUGUAAAUUAAAAUACUGUUAAAAUGUAUUAUUUAUUGUGUUGAUAUGACAACAAUAAAAACAAAACAUAUACAA